AUGCGGCCCUUUGGCAACGAUAUCACAAACAUUGCCAACAAUGGCGGCAACGGAGCAGGCGAUGAAAAUUCAAAUGGCAACGAACCCAAUGCUGAUAACACAAACACAAGCGGCAGUCCUGGCCCAGCAGUUGAUGGUGCCACAGAGAGUCCAGACGAAGGUGUAGACGAUCCACGCAUCCCACCACAUAUUGCACGCAUUGGCGGUAUAGUCACAUUCCCUCCGAUAGCAGGUCGCGGGGUUAUUCGUGUGGUACGUCGUUGCGAAGAUGCCAAGGAGAACAGAAUGCUGGAUCUCUCCCAAUGUGAACUGAUGCAGAUACCAGAUGCAGUUUAUCACUUAAUGCGCAACACAGAGCUCAAGAGCUGCAAUCUAAGUGGCAAUGUUCUGAAGACGGUCUCCCCCAAAUUUUCGUCGAAGUUCAGCGCCAUAACAGAUCUCAAUCUAUCACAUAAUCAGUUGGCGAGGCUGCCGGACGAGUUUACGAUGCUGAGUUUGCUGACAAGGCUGAAUAUUUCGCACAAUAGCUUCAUUGUUCUGCCUCAGGUGGUCUUUAAAUUGCCCAAACUAGCCCAAUUGGAUGCUCAGCAUAAUGCCAUAUUGGAGAUCGACACGGACGAGGCUAUUACCAGCGAUUGCUUGGCAUUAGUGGAUCUGCGAAACAAUCCUCUGAGUCGCAUUUUCCGUCGCAGGUUGCAGGACUUCCAGACCAGCUUCCGCCUAGAGAUUUCAAAUGAAGACGAGGACGAUUGGUGAAAAUCUGCAGACUAUUUCGUCAAUGUACAAUGCCAAAAACUUAAACGUACGCUUUUAUUGAAUACAAACAAAACUCUUGAUUUUUAUAAUCAUCUUAGUGUUAAGUUGUCAGUUUAGUUUUGUUACAUUGUUUUUUUUUUUUUUGAAUACGAUUAAUGUAAUCAUAACACAUCAUUAAACUAAUAUUCUUGUUAAUGUGGAAGAUAGUUGAUUGCAAUUGGAUGGCCAUGGCCAUCAAAAGAGCAAACUCAAAAUAUUAAAUGCCAGCAUCUUCAAUAUCUUUGGUUAUUUAGAAAGCUCUUCAACUAACUCUAGUCUACUUUUUUUUUAAUCUCAAUACUUAACACUAGUCUAUGUAUUUUUUUUCUGCUGUUAAGAUGAUGGUUAAGCUAAGAAAUCCAUCUUGUAUAUACAAAAUGUAAACAAACCAACUAUACUUAUGUACAUAUCUUUGUAUACUAAUAAAAAUGAAACACAACACGGAA